CGUGUCCUCUCCGUCUCUCACAGGCGCUCAGUCCGAGUUCGACGUGCGCACGGUGCGUUUCCGCGGUCGCUUCGUUUCGCGCGUUCCGGUGAAUUUACGCAGCCCCGUCGUCGAGUACCCCGCCCGCUCACGUUCUCCUCGUGUGUUCGCUCCGUACGUCGCGCGCGAAUCGCGGUCACCGGGUCGAAUUUCGAGAACGUCGUCCCGUGGCGCGCGCCCGUCGCACAGACGUCGUGCCUCGCGUCGUUUUCGGAGCGGGAUGCGUAGGAAGCCGGCCGUACCAGCAGGAUCCUCGAUCGCGCCGCACAACUCCUGAGCUGGUGGCGUCGGAUCCUCCUUCUUGACCCGGCGGCUGCGCUGCCCUUGGACCCCGCGGAGCCGGCGAAAUGAGAUAUCCGGCGAAUAAGGGCGCGCAGUAACAAGGAUGACAAGAGGAGCCGUAGAGCGCGAUCCGCCGUACCGUGACUGAAAGUGGUGAUUUCGCGAAAGAGUUGAACGGACGACGAUCCAUCCAUAGUUGAAUCGGCCAGCUCGAUCGAUCGACCGUCGCGAAAUCGAGCGAUCGGCCAGUGUCGAACAACGUGAGAGACUCGAGAGAGACGCGCGAAAAAAAGAACUCACUCAUGGGGGAGAUCAUGGUGUGACUCGUGCGGGCCGAUAGAGAUCCCCCGGAAAGAUCGACGAGGUCAUCCGGUGGUUGUGUGGUCUCUAGUGAUCGGUUGUGUUGGUGGUGGUGCUUCAUACGUAGCUGCGAGUCGGAGACCCGUUGGUGCCUAGGUCUUGUUCUCGUCGGUUUCCUCAUGCUGGGAGUGCUGAAGCGGCGCUGGAAGCCAUCGAAACGGGCUUCCAGCGGCCGCGGACCCGACUCGCCCCUCAGCUCGGAUCUGGCGCUCGACAAGCCUCGCCCCAUACCAUCGCCCAGGCAAAUCCACCCCUUGUACGGGGAGAAAGCGGGCUUUUUGGGCUACUGCGAUACAGUCGGUAACGCAGAGAAUUUUCCACCAGCCCCCAAUAUUGUCGUCGAGGGUGGUAGAAUCGAGUUUGUUCGCCCCUCGCAAGAUGGCACGACGACACCACGCAGGAACACCAUGUCGAGGGGUUCGCAGACUUUCAACGAGCAGUCGGAGAAGUCAGAUCCCGCCAAGGAGAGCCUCGAGGAGCGGGUGCAGGAGUUGGAGCAAGCGUUGCUGGCGGAGCGUCUCGCAGCUCAACGGGAUCGCGCGACGAUCACGAAGCUGCAGCGGCAAAUUAACAAGAGGGAGGCCACGCAACGAGAUGUGGAACGAGAACGCCGGCAACGAAUGGAGGCCGAAGCUCGGGUACGCGAGGCUACGGCCGAGGCUGAGAGAGCGCGCUCGAGAGUCCAUCAUCUUCAGAGAGAGUUGGCCAGGAUGGAGGAGUCGUCGCGGGGCCUACUGCAACAGAAGCACAGGGCCGAACAGCUGAAGCAAGAGAAAACGGCGCUGACACUUUCCUACGAGGCACGCGUGCACCAGUACCAGGCGCAGAUCUCGAAGCUGCAGUUGGAGAACGAGUCGAUGCGAGGUCAGCUGCGCGGCCUGGAGGCAGCAUGCGCCGGUGAAGUGCACGCCGCGCUGGUGGCACGACUGGCGACCCUGGAGACGGAACACGCGGCCUUGGCGCGGGACGCCGACGCCCAGCGUCGGCAAUACGAGCGGUGCCUGGACGACGUCGCCAACCAGGUGGUCCGCGCCCUCCUAUCCCAAAAGGGUCUCAGGGAGGAAAUAGGCGCAUUGCAGAGACGUAUACGAGAGCUCGAGGCUCAGAAUCGAGCACUGUCGGGACUGUUGGCGCAGGCUGCCAGUCCUGGUAGCCCCACCGAACUGAUCCAAGGAAUCCUCGAGGCAGGUCCAGCUGCUCUGGUGGCCGCCUUGGGCUUGGACCCUUCUUGGGUGCCCCUCUCGAGGCCACGUUCCUUAAACUUGCAGAUACCCGUGAUGGCAGCCACCAAGUGCCGACGCAGCAGACCUCUCGCGCAAAAGCCCUCGGAGGAGGAGGGCAGCGAGAGCCCAGAGAGCGGUAACCGGGACGAAGGCUACUCGACCAUGUCCAGCGACGUUCAGGGUGAGGGCACGCGCCAAGAGCCGUCGCGCGGCCUCGAGGACCUCAAGGAGGCGACCGACGAGACCGAGGCCGACGUGUCGCCGGACGCGCGUCUCGUCGCCCUCGACGCCGGCGAUCCCGACGUCCUCUUCCUACCUCUGAACCUCACGGUCGGUAUCAAUCCGCGACACAGCUACCCGCCCACCAAGGAGCUGCUGCCCUACCAACACGUGAUGCGCAGCUUCUCCGACAGCCACCUCUGCCUCAAGCUCACCACCACCGCCAAUUUCACGCCGUACAAGCUACCCAGCCCCAUGGGAUCGUCCUCCCUGCUGCUGGUCGAGGAGGAGGGCUGGGACGCCGAGUACGUGCAACAAUGGCUCAGGCUGGACGACAGUAGGAGUGCGCAACAGCACCGAGACCUGCUCGAAUUAGAAUACGACCGGGCGGAGCUGGAGGAUUGGAGCUUCUCGUUGUCCACGGAGGACCUCGUGCAAAACGAAUCGGCAAUGUGGAAGGAGCCGGCUACAAACACGCCCGCCUUGCCGGCAAUCAAGGAGCAUAAUCCCCUGGAAUUGGAGGAGGACGCGAACGAGUGUCUGUGGAACGGUGCGAGUUAUCUCGCCGACAGGGCCGGAGGGGAACUGGUCGCGCUUCUGAUGGACACGAGGGCGACCGGACCCUGGCCGUACGCGUCGAGCCCCGGCGCAUCCUGGAGCAGCGAAGAGGGAGUGCUGGAGAACUCCAGCAAGAGGUCAUCGGCGGCGCUCUCCGGUUGCAGCGACGACCCCGACACGCCGUCGGUCGGCACCGACUUCACCAGGGACUUCUACAGACUGGUGAAAUUCGAGAGCACCAAGAGCCUGGCCAGCACGUCGUCCAGGAGCGGGAGACCGCCGCCGGACAGGGAGCAGGCGCUCCAGAGCGUCCUGUCGUUCAUCGCCGAGCAACAAAUGUACCUCGCGGAGUUACCGAACAAUCCCGUGGAAUCUCACAACACCGCGUCUCACUCGACCGAAGUUAUAGAAGUGGGCAGCAGCAGCAGCAGCAGAGGAGAUUCCACGGCGGAGGCGAAGGUCAUCGAGGCGGAGGGACCGGCCGCUCAGGAGAGCAUCAGCAGCGGGAACACGAACGAGACGAGCAGCACUGACGAGCUGCUCGAUCAGAUACAGGUGCCGCCGUUGGCACCCGAGGAGAGGAUCGUGAGCGCCGUGUCGUGUAACGGCGGCAUCUCCUACACGACGGUCGCGCCGUCGGAAUUGGGAGCCGUGCCCGAGGAGGACGAGGAAGUCGCGACCUCCUCCACGCCCAGUACAGUGGUGAGCCCGGCGCGAGCGACCCUCCUCGUGGAGGGCAGGGAUCGGACGUUGAGUUUCCACGAGCGCGCCACGUCCAAAGACGUCAUAGACGAGCUGAAUCGCAUGAUUCGGAAAGGCGAGGAUAACGCUGCGAUUGCUAAUAACGAGCCCCAGGUAGCGCUGGAGAAACUGGACCUCGCUUGCUGUUGUCCGACAGGAUGGGUUCACGUCGAACGCGACAUUGACUUCACCGACCCCAAGGCCAGAGCCAAUCUCUUAGACGUGAUGUUAGCGAGCAGCGAAAGUUCCUCGGCGACGUCGAGCAGCGGUUCGGCGGGCAGCGACUCGGGGGACGAGCCGCCCGAUUACCGUCACUUGCACAGACUGCACCGGUACCGACGACAAAAGAAAGAUGGUAGCUCCUACGCGGUGUGCUUUGAUUGUCACAAGAAAAGCUACGUAGUUCGGCUUAGUGACGAUCAGUUUCUGUAAGCGACAUGCCAAUUGGGAGGAAUACAUUCCGCCGGGACCUAUUUUUGGCCUCACACACACCACGUGAACUCUGUGUACGGCUACGACGGACUUACCUCAUUGGUUUACUAACAGAAUUAUUAACCGGAAGAGAAUCGUUCCUGGCGAAGCGCCUUCACGCAAUUCCAAUUUUCCCGUCUCGCGUCCGUCCCGCCGCCGUGUGUGUGCACGCGCGUUUAUUAUACCCGUGUGACCCACUUGGCGCACGCGCCGCCGUCCGAAAAUCUUGGGAACGAGAUAAGCGCGCGUCAAGCGUGCGGAAGGGAAGAGGGCUCUUCUCAUCGUGAUGUACAUUUUAAUCGAAACCAACGGCGAGAGGAGGAGUAUAACGUGUAAUCAAAAUAAGUCGCUCUUCCCUUCGGACACGCGAGCCGCGCUUCACGAUGAUCGAGGUGCGACCGGCUACACGUUAUCCGCAGGAAGUGCGAGUGCAAAAUUUUCAGGAAAACUAGAAAACGAGAACGUCCAAAGACUUUCGGACGAGAGCGUGCACAUUGACGUGUGUGUCAACGUCUUUUCAAAAAUUCAAGACACCUUCACGAACGACCCGUGCAUAUAAUGCGUUCGUGACGCAAGAAUAUGGAUGCUAGUACAUAGUACGCGCUAGAAAAAAAAAAUCAAAAGAAAUCCGAAGAGCCUCGUGCAUGGAAUUGCGUCAGGGUAAAUCGAGAACGCUUUACUUUCUCUCUCGAUGUGUAUACCGCGAGUGGGAUCGACAACUACUGAAUUCUUAUUGGCACGUGCAAGACCGUUUCAACGCUCUGUUGUUCUCUUCAUCCUCCUCUUUCUGUACAUCAUCUUUCUGUACUUCAUUUUCCGUAUUUCAUCUGGCCAUAGUUAUGUAAGAGGGAUCCAAUCCAUAAAAUUGUGAUUUUUGAGAUUUGUUACCGUCUUUCUAAAUAAAAAAAAAAGUCGAAGCCUAAUGGACGCCUAAAAUGAAUUAAAAACUAGUUUUUAUUUUCUAGUCUUUUAUGUCCUUUGCGUCUUUUUUAUCCAUUUUUUAAAAGUUAAACUUGUCAAUGAAAUUCUUCAUAUAAAAGAUGUGACAAUUGACCCAAGGAGUGGGGUCACAUUUGUGUGUCAAUGAAUAAAGGAGAUCGGGUAUGGAAGUCAUAUAACUCCCGUAAUAAAUAACGGAGAAUAUUCUUCUUUAUAGUUUGCUUGUGUCAUAUUAAUCAGAUGUAUGAAACGACUUACAGCCAAAACAUUGCAUGAAAUUUACAAGCAUUAAUUUGUUUCAUUGAAUGCGUGAGUAAAUUUUUUCUCGUCUCUAUUAUUAAUGUUCUGUUAGUUUUAGGAUUACUAGUCGCAAUUUCUCUUUACUUAUAAGAAGUAUUGUACUUUAUACUAAUUUUUCCAGUAUUUAGUUCAUUGCUAUUGCAAUAUUAUUUAUAAAUAUAAUCUCUUUUAUUAGAAAUGAACGUUUGAAGUGAAUUGACUCAAAUCCGAUGGGACUGGUUAUCAUGCAUUAGGAGACUUUACGUAAUUACGACAUUCUUUACGCACGUGCAUAGAAGCACACGCAUUAAUCACCGAAUGUUGUUAAAGUCAAUCCAGUUGGUUCAAUGACGCAUUUAAGUUUCUAUAAAAAAAUUUAUUAAUUUAUUAAUAUGUUUUUUAAUAAUAUAUUAAAUUAAUUAUAUAAUGAUGUAAUGUAUAAAUAUAUAUAUAAUUUUUUUAAGUUAGCUUUACAUAUUACACUGUAAUAUCUCGUUAAUUUUAAUAAAAUGUUAAAAAACCACUUUUAAAUAAACUAUUUGUCUUGUUUUCUCCACAUAAAAAAUGUGACAAUUGACUCAAAGUAUGGAAUGGAGUCAUAUCUGUUCGGCCUUGUUUACAUUCAAAUAACUUCUUUGUGCCUAAAUAAAUAUAAGUUUAAUAUUUUUUUCUUGUACCCCUAAAGGAUGUGCCUGCGUUAUAAUGUACACAAAAUCGAGAUGUUGAUAAUGAGAUGUAUGUUACAUGCAACUUUUUCUCUUAAUCAAUAUGUAAAAAAUGUGACAACCAGACCCGGUCUCCCCUACUUUUAAAGAGAAGUAAAUUGACUAUGCAUGACUUCUUGAACGAUUGUGAAGGACUUCAGUGCUGUUAAUACUUUUUAAAUCAUGCGUCAAAUUUUCAUCUUCAUUUUUCUCGAAACGUGCUUCACAUGGGUUGGAUCCUUCUUGCAUAAUUAUGGCUGUUACGUCACACGCCUGCGUCCGAUCAUCUCCUUAAUCUCAUCACAUUCCCCGAUUAAUCACGCUUUUUAUUUCGGCGCGUGUUGUGUAACCAAGUCGGACUGUUGGCUUUUUUUUCGCGAAAAUAACGCGUGUCUAAUCGCGUUCCCGUUCAUUUGUCAUCAUCAUCCCCCCGGGCGAAUCAUUAUCAUAUGCGACAGAUUACGUCAGACAAGCGGCGCGCAACGUGCUCAAGGAGCAAUCCCGUCGAGGGAGGACAGAAGCCCGAUAUUAUGUUCUGUCAAUGGAGAAAGAAAAUCUAUUGUAUCUCAAAAAAUGAAUAUUUUGGAAACGAUUAAUUGCGUAAUACUCUUCUCAUCGGAUUGAUUAGCCGAAGCUUAGCGUCACCUCUCACGAGCGAGCAGAAACGAACGAUCGUGCGCGAUUUGUCUGACGUGCAUCAUGUAUCAUUCACUCGGUCGUGCACCCGCCAAGUACCUAAAUUCCAAGCGAACGAAAAAAGAAAGAAAACGUAAAGUCCGCGGAGGAGAGUGGUAACCGGUGCGGUGGGGCGACGGUGGAAGGCGGAGGGACGAUAGAAUAUACGGACGGGAUAAAGAGGAGGCGAGAGAAAGGGAGAGGAAGGAAAAAAAUAAUAAGGAGAGCAAAAGACGGGGAGGAAAAGAGAGAAGGAGGGAGAGUGGGAAAGAGAAAGAAAAAGAGAAGAGAGAGAGAGAGAGAGAGAGAGAGAGAGAGACGUAUAUACGUGAAAGAGAGUGCUAAGCCGAGCUACUCUGUGUCUGCUAGAGCCGGUAUAGGAAGAGAGAAAGAAAGAGAAAAGAGAUCGAGUCAAGUCUGAGGCAUGUUGACCCGCUGCCCUUGGUUUCUCAGCGUCGGCGGCCCAGGCGCACCGCGUCCUCCGACUGCCGUCCACCUGGGGCUCGUCGAGGCCGUCGAUCAUCGGCCGCGGCGACGACUUCUUCG